CACUCAUAUAUAUUCAAAACAAACGACAUAUAGUAAAAUUAGGAAUAGUAUUUUGCAAGAGAAGAUCCAAUGGCUUCGGCCUGGUUCCCCGUCGUUGUCAUCGUCCUCGCCCUCGCCAUCUCUGGCAGCACGGCGGCGGACACGGUGUACGACAUCCUGCGGUACUACGGGUUCCCGCCGGGGCUGAUCCCGACGGGCGUGGUGAGGAGGUACGAGCUGAACCCUAACACGGGGCAGUUCGCGCUCUACCUGAACACGACGUGCAGCUUCACGGCGUUCAACUACGACGUCCAGUUCCGGACCCAAAUCACGGGCGUCAUCCAGAAUGAGGAGAUCAUGAAUCUUCGCGGCGUGCAGGUCAGGAUAAUGAGCUAUUGGGCGACUAUGGUGUCCGUCGAGAUGGUGGAAGAAGACGAAGAAAUCGAGUUCUCCGUCGGCUACACGGCCGUCGAUAUGCCGGCUUUCUAUUUCUACGACGUACCCCAGUGCGGCUGUGGCUUCGACUGCCCUUAGUUCUUUUAUUUGCUGCCCAAAUAAAUAUUCAUGUCUAUUCAAACUUCUGUGUUUUAAAUAACCAAAUAUGGAUCUUAUAUUUAUCGUCUUUAUAUACCAUGUAAUCAUC